GCUUCUGGACUCAAGGAGGAGGAGAGAGAUUCCGCGAGCCGACACCAUGCGAUCCAAGGCGAGGGCGAGGAAGCUAGCCAAAAGUGACGGUGACGUUGUAAAUAAUAUGUAUGAGCCCAACCGAGACCUGCUGGCCAGUCACAGCGCAGAGGACGAGGCCGAGGACAGUGCCAUGUCGCCCAUCCCUGUGGGGCCACCGUCCCCCUUCCCCACCAGCGAGGACUUCACCCCCAAGGAGGGCUCGCCGUAUGAGGCCCCUGUCUACAUUCCUGAAGACAUUCCGAUCCCACCAGACUUCGAGCUCCGCGAGUCCUCUAUCCCAGGGGCUGGCCUGGGGGUCUGGGCCAAGAGGAAGAUGGAAGCCGGGGAGAGGCUGGGCCCCUGCAUGGUGGUGCCCCGGGCGGCGGCAAAGGAGACGGACUUCGGAUGGGAGCAAAUACUGACCGAUGCAGAAGUGUCGCCCCAGGAAGGCUGCAUCAAAAAGAUCUCGGAAGACCUGGGCAGUGAGAAGUUCUGCGUGGAUGCAAAUCAGACGGGGGCCGGCAGCUGGCUCAAGUACAUCCGUGUGGCGUGCUCCUGCGAUGAUCAGAACCUCACCAUGUGUCAGAUCAGUGAGCAGAUUUACUAUAAAGUCAUUAAGGACAUUGAGCCAGGUGAGGAGCUGCUCGUGCACGUGAAGGAAGGCGUCUACCCCCUGGGCACAGUGCCGCCCGGCCUGGACGAGGAGCCCACAUUCCGCUGUGACGAGUGUGACGAACUCUUCCAGUCCAAGCUGGACCUGCGGCGCCACAAGAAGUACAUGUGUGGCUCAGUGGGGGCUGCGCUCUACGAGGGCCUGGCUGAGGAGCUCAAGCCCGAGGACCUUGGCGGUGGCAGCGGCCAAGCCCACGAGUGCAAGGACUGCGAGCGGAUGUUCCCCAACAAGUACAGCCUGGAGCAGCACAUGGUCAUCCACACGGAGGAGCGCGAGUACAAAUGCGACCAGUGCCCCAAGGCCUUCAACUGGAAGUCCAACCUCAUCCGCCACCAGAUGUCCCACGACAGCGGCAAACGCUUCGAAUGUGAAAACUGCGUGAAGGUGUUCACGGACCCCAGCAACCUUCAGCGGCACAUCCGCUCGCAGCACGUGGGCGCUCGGGCCCACGCGUGCCCUGACUGCGGGAAGACCUUUGCCACGUCCUCCGGCCUCAAGCAGCACAAGCACAUCCACAGCACGGUGAAACCUUUCAUAUGUGAGGUCUGCCACAAGUCCUACACGCAAUUCUCCAACCUGUGCCGGCACAAGCGGAUGCACGCCGACUGCCGCACGCAGAUCAAGUGCAAGGACUGUGGCCAGAUGUUCAGCACUACCUCCUCCCUCAACAAGCACCGGCGCUUCUGCGAGGGCAAGAACCAUUACACGCCAGGCGGCAUCUUUGCUCCGGGCCUGCCCUUGACCCCCAGCCCCAUGAUGGACAAGGCAAAACCCUCCCCCAGCCUCAAUCAUGCCAGCCUGGGCUUCAACGAGUACUUCCCCUCCAGGCCACACCCGGGGAGCCUGCCCUUCUCCACGGCGCCUCCCACGUUCCCCUCACUCACCCCCGGCUUCCCGGGCAUCUUCCCUCCGUCCUUGUACCCCCGGCCACCUCUGCUACCUCCCACACCGCUGCUCAAGAGCCCCCUGAACCACACCCAGGACGCCAAGCUCCCCAGCCCCCUGGGGAACCCAGCCCUGCCCCUGGUCUCCGCCGUCAGCAACAGCAGCCAGGGCACGACGGCAGCUGCGGGGCCCGAGGAGAAGUUCGAGAGCCGCCUGGAGGACUCCUGUGUGGAGAAGCUGAAGACCAGGAGCAGUGACGUGUCGGACGGCAGUGACUUUGAGGACGUCAACACCACCACGGGGACUGACCUGGACACGACCACGGGAACGGGCUCGGACCUGGACAGCGACGUGGACAGCGACCCUGACAAGGACAAGGGCAAGGGCAAGUCGGCCGAGGGCCAGCCUGAGUUUGGGGGCAGCUUGGCGCCCCCGGGGGCCCUGAACAGCGUGGCCGAGGUGCCCAUCUUCUAUUCCCAGCACUCAUUCUUCCCGCCGCCCGACGAACAGCUGCUGACCGCGACAGGCGCCGCUGGAGACUCCAUCAAGGCCAUCGCAUCCAUUGCCGAGAAGUACUUUGGCCCCGGCUUCAUGGGGAUGCAGGAGAAGAAGCUGGGCUCGCUCCCCUACCACUCGGCAUUCCCCUUCCAGUUCCUGCCCAACUUCCCCCACUCCCUCUACCCCUUCACGGACCGAGCCCUCGCCCACAACUUGCUGGUCAAGGCCGAGCCAAAGUCACCCCGGGACGCCCUCAAGGUGGGCGGCCCCAGUGCUGAGUGCCCCUUCGAUCUCACCACCAAGCCCAAAGACGUGAAGCCCAUCCUGCCCAUGCCCAAGGGCCCCUCCGCCCCCGCAUCCGGCGAGGAGCAGCCGCUGGACCUGAGCAUCGGCAGCCGGGCCCGCGCCAGCCAGAACGGCGGCGGGCGGGAGCCCCGGAAGAACCACGUCUACGGGGAACGCAAGCUGGGCGCCGGCGAGGGGCUGCCCCAGGUGUGCCCAGCACGGAUGCCCCAGCAGCCCCCGCUCCACUACGCCAAGCCCUCGCCCUUCUUCAUGGACCCCAUCUACAGCAGGGUAGAAAAGCGGAAGGUCACAGACCCCGUGGGAGCCCUGAAGGAGAAGUACCUGCGGCCGUCCCCACUGCUCUUCCACCCCCAGAUGUCCGCCAUAGAGACCAUGACGGAGAAGCUGGAGAGCUUUGCAGCCAUGAAGGCGGACUCGGGCAGCUCCCUGCAGCCCCUCCCCCACCACCCCUUCAACUUCCGGUCCCCACCCCCAACGCUCUCCGACCCCAUCCUCAGGAAGGGCAAGGAGCGAUACACGUGCAGGUACUGUGGGAAGAUCUUCCCCAGAUCAGCCAAUCUCACCAGACACCUGAGGACACACACUGGGGAGCAGCCGUACAGGUGUAAGUACUGCGACCGCUCCUUCAGCAUCUCCUCGAACCUCCAACGGCACGUCCGGAACAUCCAUAACAAGGAGAAGCCCUUCAAGUGCCACCUGUGCAACCGCUGCUUCGGGCAGCAGACCAACCUGGACCGGCACCUCAAGAAGCACGAACACGAGAACGCACCAGUGAGCCAGCACCCCGGGGUCCUCACGAACCACCUGGGGACCAGCGCCUCCUCUCCCACCUCAGAGUCGGACAACCACGCACUUUUAGACGAGAAAGAAGACUCUUAUUUCUCGGAAAUCAGAAACUUUAUUGCCAAUAGUGAGAUGAACCAAGCAUCAACGCGAACAGAGAAACGGGUGGAGAUGCAGGACGUGGACGGCAGUGCCCAGUGUCCAGGCCUAGCCAGCGAGAAGCAGGAGGACGUGGAGGAGGAGGAGGACGAUGACCUGGAGGAGGACGAUGAGGACAGCCUGGCCGGAAAGUCGCAGGACGACACCGUGUCCCCCGCACCCGAGCCCCAGGCCGCCUACGAGGAUGAGGAGGACGAGGAGCCACCCACCUCCCUGGCCGUGGGCUUCGACCACACCCGAAGGUGUGCUGAGGACCACGAAGGCGGUCUGGUAGCUUUGGAGCCGAUGCCGACUUUUGGGAAGGGGCUGGACCUCCGCAGAGCAGCUGAGGAAGCAUUUGAAGUUAAAGAUGUGCUUAAUUCCACCUUAGAUUCUGAGGCUUUAAAACAUACACUGUGCAGGCAGGCUAAGAACCAGGGUUCUCUGGACGCUUGGUUGAACAUCACCGGAGCCACGUCGGAGUCUGGAGCAUUUCACCCCAUUAACCACCUCUGAUGGGCUGGGCAGCCGGGGGCCGGCGGCCAGAGCGAGGGCACCAGCCGCGGAGGACGGAGGCGGGCGGGGCCCCGGAGAACCCUGUCCCUGCGUGUGGCCACUCCUCAGCAUCCUCCCCACCCACCAUGGUUCACUCCGACUUUUCCAAUGGAAACUCAGAUCCCGAAAGUCCCUAAAGCAGUCGUAGAGUCUCACCAUCUCCAAGGAUUGGUCUUGAGAACACUGUUCAGUGACGGCCCUGCAGGUGGCCGUCCAAAGACAGCCAACGGAGCUGCCUCGCAGAAUCAGCCAGUGGGCAGGUGGAUGUUCCGCUGAGACACAGAAUCAGCCAGUAGGCAGGUGGACGCUCUGCUGAGACAGAAGCUGGUGGCCACUGCCGGGUGCCUGCGUGGGGUCGCGGAAGGGAAUGGAUAGACGGGUGUGCUCAAAAGAGAGAGAUCACUCAAAUGAUUUUUAUAAUGAAAUGACAAGAAUAACCCUUUUGGUAACCGUAUUGACUACAGAGUCUAUUUAAGCAUGUGGUUUUAAAAAUAGACAGUAUUUUUUAAAAAUCAAAAAAUGACUUGCAAAUUGUUUUUUAAAAGUAAUUUUGCAUUGCUUUGAAAGUUGAGCUCAUUUGCAAACCCGAGUCUGCCUGGGAACCCGCACUGUGCCUGGGUGUGUUCUUUAUACUGUAGAUAAUGGAAAAAUUUUCUAUCUCUGUCCCUAUUUGUAUAAGCCAAGGUGACGCUGGGUGCCUGAGGCAGAACAAGAGGCGUGGGGCCACACCCAUGAACCAUGCAGACGGCCGAAGAAGUCUUAGACGGG